UUCAACUUUCAACUUCCAAAAGUGUUUGUUUGCUGAGAUCAGAAACUAAAAUGGCGGAGAUCGGGAAGACGGUACUAGAUUCCGGCUGGCUAGCGGCGAGAUCCACGGAGAUCGAUGACGACGGCGUCCAGCUCACUACCACCAAUCCACCGUCCCUCGGUUCCCAAUCUCGAUGGAUGGAAGCCGUCGUCCCUGGAACUGUUUUGGGCACACUGGUGAUGAACAAAUCUGUUCCAGAUCCAUUCUAUGGACUAGAAAAUGAAGCUAUUACGGAUAUUGCCGACUCCGGAAGGGACUACUACACAUUCUGGUUCUUCACCCAAUUCCAGUGCAAAAGGUUGUUGAAUCAACACGUGCAUCUGAAUUUCCGUGCCAUCAACUACUCUGCGGAAGUGUAUGUGAAUGGCCACAAGACAGUGCUUCCCAAAGGGAUGUUUCGCAGACAUACACUUGACGUUACUGAUAUUCUGCAUCCCGAGAACAAUUUACUUGCUGUUAUUGUUCAUCCCCCAGACCAUCCUGGGACUAUACCUCCCGAGGGUGGGCAAGGUGGUGAUCACGAGAUUGGGAAGGAUGUAGCUGCACAGUAUGUGGAAGGUUGGGACUGGAUUUGUCCAAUUAGGGAUCGGAAUACCGGCAUAUGGGAUGAAGUGUCAAUAUCUGUUACUGGGCCUGUAAGAAUAAUUGAUCCUCAUUUGGUCUCAACCUUCUUUGACGAUUACAAAAGGGCUUACUUGCAUGUGACUGCUGAACUGGAAAACAAAAGUACAUGGAAUGCUGACUGUUCUGUAAAGAUUCAAAUAACAUCUGAACUCGAAAACGGUUUUUGUUUAGUAGAGCAUCUACAGACAGAGAAUGUCUUAAUACCUGCUCAAGGACGUAUUCAGCACACAUUUAACCCGCUCUUUUUCUACAAACCUGAACUGUGGUGGCCCAACGGGAUGGGAAAGCAAAUCCUUUAUGACGUCUUGAUCACUGUCGUUGUGAAAGAAUUUGGGGAAUCUGAUUCGUGGAUGCAGCCAUUUGGUUUCCGUAAGAUUGAGAGUGAUAUUGAUACUGUCACUGGUGGAAGGCUGUUCAAGAUCAACGGAGAGCCGAUAUUCAUCCGUGGUGGCAAUUGGAUUCUAUCAGAUGGGCUCUUACGCCUCUCUAAAGAACGUUACAGAACGGACAUAAAGUUCCAUGCAGAUAUGAACAUGAACAUGAUACGUUGCUGGGGUGGUGGGCUGGCUGAAAGACCAGACUUUUAUCACUUUUGUGAUAUCUAUGGUUUGUUGGUCUGGCAAGAGUUUUGGAUCACUGGAGAUGUUGAUGGAAGAGGUGUUCCAGUAUCAAAUCCUAACGGACCACUAGACCAUGACUUAUUCCUUUUAUGUGCACGUGAUACUGUCAAACUUUUGAGAAACCAUCCAAGCCUGGCUCUUUGGGUUGGUGGAAACGAACAAGUUCCACCAAAAGACAUAAACGAGGCUCUAAAGCAAGACCUGACGCUUCACCCUUAUUUCAAAACCCAAUGGCUAUCAGACCAGGAUUCAGAUCCUAGUGUUUUUCUUGAUGGUACUAGAGUUUAUAUCCAAGGAUCUAUGUGGGACGGCUUUGCAGAUGGAAAGGGAAACUUCACUGACGGGCCUUAUGAGAUUCAAUACCCUGAAGAUUUCUUUAAAGACACAUUUUAUAAGUUUGGGUUCAAUCCGGAGGUCGGUUCGGUUGGAAUGCCAGUUGCGGAUACGAUAAGAGCAACAAUGCCUCAAGAAGGUUGGGAGAUUCCUCUGUUCAAGAAGGGUUCAGACGGGUUUGUGGAAGAAGUGCCGAAUCGAAUGUGGGAUUACCACAAGUACAUUCCUUAUUCUAAGCCUGGAAAAGUUCAUGACCAGAUUCUUAUAAGAUUAGCCAACUUUCUGAUGUAUUAUGACUUGUUGUUUCUUUCUCUGUAACAGGCUCAAUUGGUGAACUACAUUCAGUACAGAGCUCUAUUCGAGGGCUGGAGUUCGCGAAUGUGGACAAAGUACACAGGUGUCUUGAUAUGGAAGAACCAAAAUCCAUGGACUGGUCUCAGAGGUCAAUUCUACGAUCAUCUUCUCGACCAAACAGCCAGUUUCUAUGGCUGCCGUUCUGCUGCAGAGCCAGUCCACGUCCAAUUGAACCUGGCAAGUUACUUCGUUGAGAUUGUAAACACGACUUCUAAAGAAAUAUCGGACGUGGAGAUAGAGGCAUCGGUAUGGGACCUAGACGGCAACUGCCCAUACACCAAAGUGUUCAACAAAGUCUCUGCACCGCCAAAGAAAGUUGUGCAGAUAUCGGAAUUCAAGUACCCGAAAUCAGAAAACCCAAAGCCUGUGUAUUUCCUUCUUCUCAAACUGUACCAUGUCUCAGACAAAACGGUUAUAUCCCGGAACUUCUACUGGCUACAUCUGCCUGGGCAAGAUUACACGCUCUUGGAGCCGUUCAGAAAAAAGCAAAUACCUCUCAAGAUCACUUGCAGUUCAGUUAUGGUCGGUCCAAAGUAUGAGCUGGAGAUCAAUGUCCACAAUACAUCUAGAGCUGGCUUAGCCAAAAACGCUCUUCAAGACGAUGGAAAACGCGACCCGGGUUUGCUCCAGAAGCUCUUUACUAGAUGUGUAGUUUCUGCAGAUAGCAACCGCGGUUUGAAAGUGGUGGAAAUGGAGGGAUCUGAUCUAGGGGUUGCUUUCUUCCUCCGUUUCUCAGUCCAUAAUGCAGAGACGGAGAAACAAGACACGAGGAUUCUGCCUGUACACUACUCAGACAACUAUUUCUCACUAGUUCCAGGUGAAUCAAUGUCAUUUAAGAUCUCAUUUGCAGUUCCUAAAGGCAUGAAGAAGUCUCCUCGUGUUAUGCUUAGAGGAUGGAACUACCCUGAUGGGUUUACUGUUUUCGGUUAAGACAAGUUACGUUUCGUGUUUACUUAGUAAUAUAAUUACAUACUGCGUGCGAACUCAAACCUUUCAAUAUAAAUGAAACAUGCACAGGGUUUU